AUGACCAACCACUUGACGGCGGAGCCCCUAACGUCUGGCCCAACUUUCAACUGGUUUUUCCUGGUUGAGCUCAUUGUCUCCGGCGUUCUCUCCUUGUUCUUCCUGUUCUACUUCAAUCGCCUUUUCGCGACCCUCGUCUCCUAUGGUAUACGAGCGUAUACAUGGCACUAUUAUCGCGCCUAUAUCGAUAUCCAUGCUCUCCAGAUCUCUCUGCUCGGAGGGAGGAUCUUCUUCAAAGGUAUCAGAUACCAUGGAGUGAACGAAACUGUCCUGGUCCAUGGAGGCUAUGUGACUUGGAACUACUGGAAACGGAAAGUGAAGCAGUUGGGUCUGUCAAAGGAAGGAAUACCCGAUUCUCGACUUGGACAAGAUGCACGAGGCGAUGAUAGCGGGAGCCAGAAUGCUAGUCGAGAGAAGGGCAGCGUAGAGGGAGAUGACAAUCUUCCCUGCCGUAUUGGAGUGACUCUUUAUGGACUGGAAUGGUUUCUUUACAACAAAACCCCUGCAUACGACAGUAUUCUGGAAGGAUUCGGCCACCGUCCGGAGCAUCAGCCCUCCCCGAGUGAGAGUGAUGCUUUGUUUCCAUCUGUUUCAGGAGAAUCGAGCAGCUAUCAGAGUAAUACUCAAGGUGCUAUGAAAGAUGGGUUGGCGGCCAAGCGGACUUACACUAACUCUUCUUCCCCGACGAGUCCUUCCAUGGGAGCUGCGUCUCCUAAAGAUUCCUUUAGACCUACUAGAAAUGAUACGGCGUUUUCCACCAUCAGAGACGUUACUGAUGAUCAUCAACCAGAAGCUAGCCCAUCGAUUUUGCUCCAGCUUUUGCCGUUGAGGAUAAAAUGUACUAAGGGCGCCAUCGUUGUGGGCAACGAGAAUACGCGGACCGUCUUGACCACGACGUUUGCGAAGGCCAACGGGACGAUUGACGCAACAGAUGCUGGCCCACUUGACUUGUACAGGCAAAUAUUUGCUUUUGAGAUGGACCAUCCCGUGGUGCAAAUGCGGCCGAAUCCAGAUUACAAGCAGUCUCAGCUCUCGGCCGCCAAGGGGAUAGGCGCUCUAAAAGAAGAAAGCCCUGGAACUUCGUACAAGCCGACUUUCCACAUCAACUAUCAGCUUCGCAAGCAGAGACUGUGGCACAGUAUUCGUGAUCUUGUUCCGUACUUUCAGAAGUCGGUAGAGUCGUUCCAUAUCGGCCAUAGUGCAAAGGCAACAGCAGCGUCAGCAAAUCAACCAGGACAUCGCGGUGCGACUCGAUGGAUUGGAUUGACGAGGUAUCUUGACGAUGAUUACCAAGAUGAGCAUGAAGGCUGGAAUGAAAUCGAAUAUGGCAGAUUCUCGACUAUAAUGGAUUGUCCUCGUGUUUCCGUCAGUUACUAUUGGGACAUUCCCGGCAAGGUGUCCCCUGAGCAUGCCUUGCUACCAUCCUUGAAGGCACCGGGAGAUAUCAACGGAGCCCAUCCGCCAAAAUGGGGCCUAGAUGUGAAGGUCAACGGUGGCAUGAUAAAUUACGGGCCCUGGGCGGACAGAGAACGCGUGGGACUGCAAACUGUAUUCUUCCCGAAUCCAUACAGAAGCUCGGAGCCAGAGAAGCCGUUAAACGCAGGAGAAACAAGACGAAGUACAUCUUUCAAGCUUCUCAUAGAGAUUGAUGAAGAGACCACGUUGCGGAUUCCGACGAGGGAGCCAUCGAAAGACUGGCAAUGGAAGGGUCGCGCUGAUGCCAUAAAGGACGCAGCGAGGCUGAAGAAACAGAAACAGAAGAGAACCACCCGCAACAAUGAGGGAGAUAAGGGAAAUGCUGGACCAGAUAUACGUCCCUUCGGAUGGUUAUCACUUCGACUAGCACGCGACUCCACGAUCACAUACACUAUGGAUAUGGUUGCUUCCCCGACGGGAUACCGGAACCACGUCAACUUAGACCUUCGGGAUACGAAGUUGUCGACCAGUGUCAACCAUGGCUUACUCUGGCAGUGCCCGCGGCAAAUAGUGUCCUGUGACCUGUCCAAUCCACUCGUCUGGAAUAGUCCCCGUAAAUGGGAUUUCAACGUGGAAAGCAGUGAUCUGGAAUUGUUCUUGCUUCGUGACCAUAUAUUCUUGAUCACGGAUCUCGUGACUGACUGGACGACUGGACCACCUGCGGAUUACUAUACCUUCGUGCCGUUCACCUAUAACAUCAACCUUACUUUUACUGAUUUCAAACUGUUCGUGAACGUUAACGACUCGAAUAUCAUCAGUAACCCUUCUGAUCUGGAAGAUAACACUUUCGUGGUGAUAAAAGGGAAACGAUUGGCAGCAGAUGUUGGAAUUCCUAUGACCAAGUUCAGACCUGAUCUGAAUGCUGUGCUGUUCAACGUCAGUCUGCACAAAGGCGCUAUAGAUGUGGUGACGCCAGUGUGGAACACAUUGCGUACCUUUCUCACCAAUAAGUCGGUUGCUGUCCUGGAGAGUCUCGCCAUCGACGGAAGCUACACUUAUCAUCUCUCCACGUCUCCAGCACUGACGGACACUCUUGUGCUCAAUGUUGCAGGUUUAGGUCCCAAACUGUACCUGUAUGGUUUUCUGAUGCGGUACUUCAUGAAGAUAAAAGACAACUACUUUGGGGAAGAAAUGCACUUCAAAACGCUCGAGGAGUUCCAAGAGUCGGCCAAUUCGGAAAGUCCCACCGAACACCAUGGGCUCAAUCCGGGGAGAAAGUCCAAUGAUCUUGAUGUGAUCAUACAUGUCAGCGUCGAUAACGCUUGCGCUCUUUUGCCGGCGAACAUUUAUGACCGCCGAAACAGUAUACGAUUGACAACCACAUCUAUCGAGGCAGACAUGAGGUUCACAAAUUAUUAUAUGGAUUUGGAAACUUCUAUAAGCCCUCUGGAAGCCGCGCUAGAAACCAUCACAUCUGAAUCCUCUACAGAGAUAUCUAACGCACAACUAUUUAUCGACGGUCUCUCAAUUUAUGGUCAUAGGCUUUUUGGCCUACCUCCUGCAGAACCAACCUAUGUGUGCAACUGGGACUUCCGCCUCGGAGACGUUGCGGGAGAGUGUUCCGUGGAAUUCCUGAGACAUAUGGUGACAGCCAUCCGAAGCUUCGACUUCUCCCUUGACGACAAAGAAAACGCGCUUCCGGAAUUGUUACCAGUUGCUUUACACGAUGUCACUUUUCUGAGAGCUACAAUAGACUCCAUACACUUAUCGGUUAUUGUCGACGUCACGGCUCUUAUUUUGAGAACUGGUACGGUGACUCUGCAGUUUAAUGACUGGGCAGAUUUUAUGUUCUCGAAAAGACUCGAUGUUGGCGUGCCGAACUUGACUGUUGCUGCUGUCGAUCGUAGAUCCGCUGCACGAUUUCAAGGAAGGCAUUACGAGUCCGUGUUAACACAUGCCCUGUUUCGGACAGAAAUUGCCUUCAAAAUGGCUCAACGAAAGCCAAACUUCGAUGAGGAUCGCCGCUUACAACAGGAACAUAUUAGAGUACAUGACCAAAGAACUAACAGGACACCCUGGUUACUAUUUGAUAUGGAAGCGGCUGACACGGGCUCGUCGCAUCCAAACGGCAACAAAGUGGGCCCUCCCGCUAUGCCAGUUCCUUUUAUGCCAGACCCCGUUGCAAAUAUGGAUAGUAUCGUGGAUACCUUGUCUUCUCGAGGGCCGUCUAUAUUCCGGGGGAACUUGGGUCGGAAGAGCUCGUUCUUAUCUGAUUCUCCUAGCCUGAAUACAACCAGGAAUGCCACCGGACGAUCUGUCCGUGUGGCCUCUGACGGGCAGUCCAGUAGGCUAUCGAGCCGUGGCUCCCUUUUUCAUGAUGACGCCGGCCGGAAGAGCAGGACUCACCAGUCGACCCAUAUGAUGGACGGUACAUCAGCUCGAUACGGUGACACGAAUUGGAAGGACGCCCAUUCAGGUAUAAAUGGAGUUUCCAGUGCGUGGGCGAUGCCGCAUUUUGCUCUUCAUCAUGUGGAACCGGACACUAGUAAUUUGCCGUCGCUUCCAUCCGACGUGCAUGGCUGGAAUUCAAAUGCUGUCGACUACGGGGCCAUGGGCGGAUCUGCUUCUUUGGAAGAUAGCAGUGGCACUCAGUUAAACUUCUUCUGCGAGUUGUCGACAGGUCUGACAGGGUUCUGUGCGCCCGAGUUUCUACAUGUUGUAUCUUCAGUCGUCGAGGGGAUGCAGCCGGAUCACCCCGUGGAUGUUCUUGAUUCACUUCAGAUCGAUGUUAUGUCCGAUAUUGCCAACCAGGAAAAGUUAAUAGACAAGCCGAGAACGACAACGAGUAUCUCGAUUCGUGUUCCCUUGACGAGACUGAGACUUCUCAAUUCAGCGGCAUCUUCUGAUCCGAGCGGCCAGUGCCGAUUCCAUGAUGAGUACAACGUUGAGAUCUCGCGUCUUGCAACGGCAUUCAGAACCAAAGUGGAGCGUCGGAAGGAUGACCUCCAGGAGGGUAUACAGCGGAGCUUGGUCGUGCAUGCGUCUACUGAUUCCCUGUUAUUUGGCGUGGAGGGUAGACGCACUGAUUCUGCUCAAGGCAAGGCAGAAUUUAACUUCGUCGGAAGAGACAUGAACUUCUGGUUGGUGAUAGCGCCGGACGUGCGUUCUCAUCUUCAAAUGCGAACGAUCGAAACUGCAACUUCAAGCAAAUCUGUGGAACAGCUGGCAUUUCUAGUCAAGCGAACGACGACUAUGUUCGACUCGGUCGCGUCAUCAUUCCAGCACGCAUCAUAUGUUGGCGCCAGUCGAUCACGAUUAUUGAUCUACUCCCUCUCACAGAAAGCUCCAGGUAUACCAGACCCUUUAUUUUUGACACGGCCGUCAUACGUUUUGCGAGUUGCACGUACGCAUCUGAGACUCCAUGACUCCUGGAAAAUAAUUUCGCGUCUUCGCGCUAUCUACCAGAGUUUAUCAGUAGAUCGGCAGCGAGAAUUGGAAGGGAUAUGCGUUGAUACGAAAGCUAAGCUCCCAGAGAAUGCUAGAGAAACUGUUCUCUCAACUUUCGAUGAGUGGCGCACCUGGGAUCUGGCCCAUGUCGAAAAGAGCCAUAUAAUGAGAAAGGUCUGGGGCCCCUCUGUUGCCGCCAGUGAGGCUGCGACAUCACAGCCCCUGACCCUUUCGGUGGACGUGAGAACAUUCAGGUUCUCUGUUGAUCCAGGCCCGAGGGAGAGUGGGAUUACGGUUGAAAACUUGUCCACCGCCUUAGCUAUUGAGCCUCGAAAGGGCGAGGAUAUACCUGCAGCGCAGCGGCCAAGAACCGCUAUUGUUCUCCGAUCUUACUGCUCUUCAGCAGCGUUGCAAUUGCGGUGGGAGAUAUUGGAUCUGGUGGAAGUAGUGACAAAAACCAUGUCGAAUGUGACUUUGGAAUCUACUACUCCUCCCGGCGCCUCAGACAAUACCGGACCUGGACCUCUGGAGUUGCAGGUUGUCGUCGGCACGGAUCUCGGUACUAUCACGAUUGAGGGCAUUAACCUGCGAAUUGCCCUUAUUGGACAAGCUCUCAAGGGUUCUUUCGUGGGACAGACAGAGAAGGGCAACAUGUCUGAUGAACUCAGUGUGCUCCUCGCCGCAGAGGCCACUUCAGCAGAGAUCUCAGAUCGUUUCAAGUUGCUAAUCCUUGCAAGAGUCUGGGACCCUACUGUCUAUCUUUCCUACGUAUUACAAGACAAGGAAUCUCUUUUGGAGCAUGACUGGAAGAUUGCUGGAUCGUGCAAGAGGCUCCGAUUUGACACGAAAGAAGACCCUCUAGGUCUAGUCCAAGCGGCAGACAGGGUAGUCGAAGACGAAGUUAGAUACGUUCGCGAACUGAUGAGGAAUAUUGACGUGCCAAAGGCCCAACCGGCUCCGCCUGCAUCCAACGUGAAACGAAGCCAUCAUCAUUUCCAAGCUGCCACGUUCUUGGACGAUUAUCGUAUCACAUUCUCCCUCCUCCCAUCGUUGACUUACAUGAUUGCUGGAGAGGUCGCUCGAAUGUCAAUCGUCCCUAGAAGGGAUACUAAACUGGAGGUGGACUUUGAUGUAAAAUCCAAUUCCCACGUAUUCCAGUCUCUUGAAGGAACUACGUGGCACACGGUAUCCGCUCUACGGAUACCACCGAUCAACGGCCGAGUGCUUGUCAAAUUGGCUCCGGUCACAACUUUAGAGGCGGAUGUCACAAUUGAGCUUAUACGUCUGCAGGCUAGUGCAGUGCGGAGCCUGCUGAGCGCAGUAAAUGGCCCUGAAAUAUCGCACCUUGUUUCCGAUUUGAAAGAUAGUGUCGAUGCACUUCGCGUGCGCCUUAGCAACGUCCUCGACCUGGAGAAGCCAAAGACGCAGUUGAAGGCACCACCGGACGGAGGCGAUCUGCUCUACAAAGUCCGCCUUACGAUGGCCGGCAUGAGCAUUCAUGCGCGCGCUCCAGGUCUCAAGAGCAAGCAGUACUCCGCCGAUAUGGAGUUCAGCUUUGGGAUGGUACAGAUGCGACUUGAUAAUGGCUCGGAGCAAGGGAAGCCUCUCGACCUUCCGGAAUUCCAUGUUAAUGUCUCUCAGAUAAGCCUUGAUAUUAGGAAGAGAGACCAUUCUACGAGUCACUCUUACGGUAAUUUCGUUCUCGACGUCGGAGUUGUGGGCACGUCCAGGAUAAACGAGACAGGACAGCUGGUGCGAGCGUACUACUUGACCAGCAAGGGUCUUGAAGUUGAGCUUUGUGCCGUAACUGCGUCACUGGUUGUUGACAUUGCAGCUCAUCUACAAGAGCGGAUUAAGACACUUGACGUAUCUCAUGAAGUCAAGCGUUUGAAGAAGCUGCGGCAUCGGGCUCAGCCCGAGGCCAAGCCCAAGGCUGCUGAAGUGCCUAGCAUCGAAGUUCAGGAUGAGAUAAGUUCGGACAACCUUUUCAACGCCAUAUAUUCUGUGGAACUUUUCAACAUGCAAGUGAGCUGGAUUAUGGCAGGUAGCCAGUCAAGCUCACCUGAACGAGAACCAGAAGACCUGGUUUUCUCAAUCAGACAUGCUGCCGUAUCAACGCAGAAACAAAAUGCUGCGAAACUUCGCAUCGAGGAUAUGCAACUACAGAUGGUCCCGCAAUCCCAUGAUCGCAAGAACCGAACGUUGAACUCAGCCUUGAUGCCGGAGAUAGUUUUCAACGUGGCUUAUUUGUCAACGAAGAACGACAUUCGUCUAGCUUUCCAAGCCGCUGGAAAGUCUUUGGAUAUUCGAGCAACCUCCGAGUUCAUUCUGCCUGCCAGCCUGCUUCAGCAUUCUAUCGCUUCUGCGAGCGAGGAACUGCGGGAAGCGAACGCUAUAUGGGCUACGGCGCCUUCCCCAGUGAAUGAUAAAGAGCGCGGACUCUUUGGGAAUAAACGCCUCGCAUCCUUCCUUAUUGAUGUUGACUUCGCUGGUGCUAUAGUGACCCUUCAAGGAAAGCGGAUGGACCAUCAACAGACGAUGCUCACCGCCGCGUUGAAAGGCACUCGACCGCCAGAGGGUAGGUUUGGGCAAUACGUGCAAGGUGAGCCAGCGACUACAGCGUCGCUGCGUGCUCCAGGUGUUGCCCUGAAAGUUCAAUACGAAGACAAUGGGACAGACGAUCAGACCCUAAAUGCGGAACUCAAGGUUGACCCGUCGACGAAUGUGCUGUAUCCAACAGUUGUGCCUCUGAUCAAGCAGAUUAGUGCCAGCAUAAAAGAAGUUGUGGGAGAGCAAGAACGCGGCGCGCAAGAGUCGACAAGUAAACUCCAAGCCCAGAAGCUCAUGCCUGAUACAUCGCUGAGUGCCAACGAUCCUGAUACGAUUCUCGGGCGAUGCAAGCUUAACGUGGGCAUGUGGAUCUGCAAACAGGAGUUUAGUCUGAGUUGCCAGCCCAUUGCACGAGUAGCAGCCACUGCGCAGUUUGAGAGCAUCUAUAUGACGGUCAAUACUGUUCAAUCGGCCGAACAACGGCGGUUCUUUGCUAUCCUGGUGGCUUUCAAUUCUCUACAAGCCUCGGUGAAACACGUGUAUUCGCAUGAAUCGACAGCCAGUUUCGAAGUGGAAAAGAUGGUCAUGUCUCUUAUGAAUAGUAAACACGUCAGCGCUAACAACGGCAUAUCCGCCAUCCUCAAAGUGAGCCCACUGAAGACAUUAGUCAAUGUGAAGCAGCUGCAGGACUUCCUUCUUUUCCGAGAGAUAUGGGUGCCCUCCAGUGAUGAUCAGUCCGGCCCUGAGAGCCGUGAGCCACCCCGAUCACCGUCUUCAGAUAGCCAACCUUACAUGGUGCAACGGUAUCAGCAAGUCGCUUGUACAGGUGCCUUCCCGUGGAAUUCCACACUGGCCAUUGAUGAACUGGAGAUUCAACUUGACCUGGGCCAGACUGUAGGAAAGUCUCAGUUCACCAUCAAAGACCUGUGGUUGUCCUCGAAAAAGAACUCUGAUUGGGAGCAGAACCUCUGUGUCGGCUUCCGGACCAUGACAAUCGAAAGCAAAGGAAGGAUGAGCGGACUGGUGGAGCUAGCUAAUUUGAAAGCCCGCACAUUCAUCAAGUUUUCUGGGGACAGUCCAGUUCUGGGCCAGACGCCAUUGAUUCAAGCGUCCGUUGCGUUCGACUCUCUGCAGGCUAAGGUCUCCUUCGAGUAUCAGCCAUUCCUGGUAGCUGAUAUAUCUAUGUUUGAAUUCCUGAUGUACAACGUCCGGAAUACGUCAGGGCCGCAACAAGACCGCCUUGUCAGUAUUCUGGAAGGAGAAAAGGUUCAAGUCUUCUGCACGACGUUGACUGCAUCCCAGUCUGUGGGUCUUCUACAAGCGUGGCAGCGUCUGGCUCAGGAUAAACAGGCCGCGUAUGAAGCAUCGCUCAAAGACAUUGAGAGAUAUCUCCGUCGCAAAUCGUCUGUGGCCAGCGAAAAAAUCAACCUCCGCCCCGACGAUGCGGCCAGACGCAAAGAGGAAUCUGAAAAGGCACCGAUCUCGUUGCAUACUGAUGUAGUCGUGAGCAUCCGGGCGGUGAAUGUGGGGGCCUUCCCUAGCACCUUCAUCGACAGUCAACUCUUCAAGAUGGAAGCACUGGACACACAGGCUCGUUUCGCCGUUGCACUCGAGGACGGAAGGAUUCACAGUGCCUUGGGCCUCACCCUGGGACAGCUACGGGUGGCCCUCUCCAACGUCAAUCGGCCUAGUCUGCCUACGUACUCUUCGGACGAGCUGUCCGUCGACGAUGUUGCCAACCGUGGCACCGGCUCCCGAGGCGGCACGAUCCUGAAGGUGCCCCGUGUCGUUGCCAGCAUGGAGACUUGGCAGCGUCCCGGGACAAACGACAUCGAGUACAUCUUCAAGAGUGCCUUCGAGGGCAAAGUGGACGUCGGAUGGAACUAUUCACGCAUUAGCUUCAUCCGGGGCAUGUGGAUGAACCAUUCGCGCGCGCUUGCGAGCCGACUGGGGAAGCCCUUGCCGCCGUCCGCCGUCCGGAUUACUGGGGGCCCACGACCUGAGGGCGCGGGCGGCGAGUUCGACGAGCAAGAGAAGAUCACGGCGGUGGUGAACAUGCCUCAGUCACGAUAUACUUACCUGGCACUGGAGCCGCCAGUGAUCGAGACUCCGCAGCUCCGGGACAUGGGCGAAGCCACCCCGCCGCUGGAAUGGAUCGGUCUACACCGUGACAAGCUACCUAAUGUCACCCACCAGAUCAUCAUUGUCACCUUGCUGGAGGUAGCUAAGGAAGUUGAGGAUGCAUAUUCGAAGAUUCUGGGAUCCUCAUGAGGGUGGGGAAGACAUGAGCAUUACUGAGCAUUACGCUGCAUUAGUGAUACCCGGUUUCUCUCUCUUCUCCCCCUUCCUCCUCUUACAGGAAGGAGUUAGGCGUCAAUCAUUGUCAUCCUCAACGGGAUCAUGACCUAUCACCACCAAUGGCGUUGCAAGGAGCGAUCACUGUAUUAUUUGUCUCUUUGUAUUAUUGUCCAGUUUAGCAGCUAUAAAAUCCCAUAGGAACCAUGUGUACAGUAGAG